AUGGAUGAAGCUAUUGGAGAUCUGGUAUUGGGUCCCUUUAGAGAGAUUGUCACCCAGGGAAACACCGCCAUCGAAAAUGCCCGCGAGGCUGGAAACGAGCAGAUGCUCAAGGCCGCUCAGGCUUUGGUCAAGGAAGGCGAGCGGGCACUCAAGAAAAUUGAGCCACUCUGCAGGAAAACCUUUGACGAGUUCGCCGCCAACUUCGUCAAUGCUCUGAAAGACAAUGGUGCGGUCUAUCUUAAGUCUGAAUUGAAAAUCAUCGUCAUGCCGGCUAACAAGAGCAGAGGAGAUAUCCCAAUUUAG